UGCCCACGCAUUUUUUGUUGCCAUUGGCAAUAAUCAAUAAUUAAAAUGGCGUCCAAAGGGAAAGGCAAAGAAAAGGAUAAAUCUACACCUGCCCCGGCACCAGUCGAGUCUCCACCUGACAAAUACAUUGUUCCUGGGAAGUUGACAGAGAAAGGAUGGCUGGAGCUCCUGAGUCGUGCUGACGGUACAGAGAUAGCCACAGACAUUGUGACUGAAGUGUGUGAGGUGGCCUUUAGUAUUAUAUACUCUCACUACCUGGAGAAGCAGGCCUUCCCUCACACCAUCAAUGAUGCCAGGCACAGUCUAUUGAAGAUUAUUGAGUGGCAGUUCCUGUCUCGUGAUGAGGGUGAGGGGAACACAACCAGUGACCCCUCGUGGGUGGAGGAUGAAGAGCCAGUCCCGGCCACUAUAGACUCCUGGGCGAGGGGAAUGGUCCCCAGUGCCACCCUCUCCACACUCUCGUCACUCAUCGACACUCUAGACCCAGUGCAAGUAACCACAUCAUUACCACCACGACCACGACCACCACCAGUAGUCGAGGAGGGCUCAUCUGAGGGGUCUAUUGAGAGCAGUCGGCCAUGCUCUGAGCUGAGGGGAAGCACUAGUGGCUCUAAGAGGAAGUCAGCAUCAGUCAAGAUGAAGACUCGUGCUCGACCGGUUGCCCAUCAUUCUAAAGCACGCUUUGCCCCCAUACCACCACCACCUGAGGACACUCACUCACCAACAGCCAGGGAGGACAUUGAGCCCACCCCCUCUCUCCGCUCCCACACUCCCAUGUCCCUCACAGGGGAAAUCCCCACAAUGCCACGCCCACUCCCCUACGGCAUGAAGCCGGUACAGCUCAACUGGCAGAAAGAGGUCACCUAUGAUCAGAGUGGCAAUCUUGUCCACAUGGUGCGACUGGACCCGACCAAAUUCCCUAGUCACUGUGUGAAGCCUACAGUGACCCUGGUUAAACCACCGCCCAGUCAACCCCCCAAAACAGCCACUCACUCAACUAGACGCCUCAAACCCAUCAAGAACAAAGCGUUGAGUGUUCCACCACAAGUACACGGUGAUCCAAGACACAGAUCUUUAAGAGGUGUUAAGUUUGCCAUGGGGGAGAGUAGGAGGUUCCCAGAGCGACCAACACUGCCCUCACUGGUGGAUACUAUAGACCCAGUAUCUGGUGUCACGGUGAGGGAGGCUGGUAGGACAGUACACGGCCCUCAAGCACACAAGACACUCACCGGAUACGCUCGUGAGAGCACUCUAGCACCGAUACAGUCACCUAGAAUGAACCAUAAUUACUCGGACUCUAGUAGCAAUAGGAGCACUUAUGUGGACGUGCAGUAAUUUUUAAGAAAAAUUAUAUACAGUCA